AGGUGCCGGCGGGACUCCUCCCCCGCGCGGUGUGCGCAGCUCGCCGGGAAGGGGCUGGGCCGCCGCGGCUCGGCCUGCCGGGAGGCAGCGAGCCCUUUAAACAUGGCGCAGGCCGCGGCUGGCGGGCGAUGAGGGCGGCCCGGAGGCAGCGCCGGCCAUGGCUCAGCCGCCGCUCUUCUCCUCUCGCUCCUAGGGAAGAACAUGCCCAAGGCCAGGGCGGGCGGCGCGGAGGAGGCGAGCCCCGAGAACGCCGAGAGGAAGGGCCCCGGCCGCCCCCGGGCCGGUGGGGAGAAUGUGUUUAUCGGUCAAUCCAAAAUCUACAGCUACCUGAAUCCUAGCAAAACUCCUGGUGCUCGCCCCCCACUUCAAGAAGAAAACUCGGUCAUGUAUCACGAGGUGAAAUGUCAGGGCAAAACACUAAAUGAAACCAACAGAAAAGGAGAUGAAAAAAAGAACGGUAGCAAUAUAAUUGAAGGUGCUAUGAAACCAGACGACCAGAAAGAUAAAGAAAGCGGGUGCAAUACUUCAGUGCCCUCUUCGGAUCAAAACCAAGAAACUGCAGAAACUGAAAAGACACCCCUGCCUUCCGAUGGUGCUGAUGAGGCCAAUGCAAAGCCAGCUCAGAAAAAGAUGGUUAAAACAAAACGUGGACCAAGGAGAAAAACACAAGGAAGAACACCAAAUCGAAAAGUGACAGAUUAUUACCCUGUUAGAAGGAGUUCCAGGAAGAGCAAAUCUGAAUUGGAGACUGAGGAAAGGAGGAAAAUAGAUGAACUAAUUACGAGUGGGAAAGAGGAAGGAAUGAAGAUUGAUUACAUUGAUGGCAAAGGGAGAGGCGUAAUUGCUACUAAACAUUUUAAUCGUGGAGAAUUUGUAGUUGAAUAUCAUGGGGAUCUCAUAGAGAUCACUGAUGCUAAAAAGCGGGAAGCUGUGUAUGCUCAAGAUCCAUCCACAGGCUGCUAUAUGUACUAUUUUCAGUACCUCAGCAAAACGUACUGUGUUGAUGCUACAAAAGAAACUAAUCGUCUGGGAAGACUGAUUAAUCACAGCAAAUGUGGCAAUUGUCAAACAAAGCUCCAUGACAUUGAUGGUGUGCCUCAUCUCAUACUGAUAGCUUCCAGAGACAUUAAAGCAGGUGAAGAACUGUUGUAUGACUAUGGAGACAGAAGCAAAGCUUCCAUUGCAGCACAUCCAUGGCUGAAACACUAACUCUUCAUCUUUGGGUGUGGUUUUGUGUGUGGGGUUUUUUUGGACUGAGCGCUCUACAAGGAGUCAGUGGAUUUUUAUUUUAUUUUCUCCUGCGCUCAUUUCCCUCAGCUUUCUUAGUGGACUGCUUAUGGUGUUCUGAGCUCCUUGAAAACUACCUUUUUGCUUUGCAGUUUUUAAAUUCCUACUACAGAUUUCCAGGCAGGCUUGAGUAAUUGACAUUAGAUUGCCAAAACUCUUAUAUUGUGAAAGGAAACCCUCCCUAAAAACUGAACAGUUUUUCAUAGUGACCAGUGCUACCUGAGCAUGCGAGGACUUGCACAGAUUGAAAUGUAAUCAUUUGGGUUGUGCUUCUACUUUUGCAAUGAAAUCUCAUGCUCCGUUUUGUGGGGUGAUGAACUUGGCAUUAGCUUUAUGACAGCAGAUGAACUUUUGUAUGCUGACUCUUACAUCCAAUGGCUUGUCCGCUUGUCAGACUUUUUUACAUCCCAGUGCUGACAGGAUUUUUUUGAGAUGAUGCUAUUGUUUCUAUCAUUCUCAAAUAAUCUGUGUUAGGGAUCUAAGUUUUUUCCAGUGCGGUGUCUCUGGCAAUGAACUUUAAAUGCACUUGUGCUGAGGGAAAUGGAUGGUCAAAUUGGCUGCUUUCAUCAGAGAAAUGACUCCAAGCCAAACGUGGAUGGAUUUUGAUAGACUGGGUUGAUACUGAUUACAAAUGUGGAGCUGUAACUUCACAGUGAGAAUCAAUGCUUGACAUUACUUAUUUUCUAAAUUUGAGAUGGUACCUUUUUAUAGUUGACGGCUGAUUCUUGGAGGUGUCUCCUAGAGGGUUUUAAAGAAGCAAAAGAAGCUCUCUCCAAAAAUUUUUUAUUGCCUUUCUAUGCUAACUAGCCACAUCAGAAGCUAUUUAUUUACUGUGAAUGCUUGAAAUAGAGCAUAGUGGUUCCAAAAAUAGGAGUCAUCUUCAUAUGCAGCUUCGAACUGUAAUGAUGGAGUUCAUGCAAUGAAGAAAGUAGAUUCCUUAUUGUCUGUCCAGCACGGUCUGGUCCCACUGUCUUAAAUGGGAGCUGAGCGCUUAGCAUCUUACAGGUGUUUGUAACACGACUGUUGGAGAACCAAAUGUGUGGUAUAGGCGGGCAAUAUACAAUGCAGGUCCUUUAUGUUAAAGAUUAAUUCUUACCGGUUGGAAUUUUUGCCAAGGCAGGCUUGGCAUGUGUGUAGAUGAAGAUGGCUGUGAGCCAUCAGCCACGCUUGCUGCUGGAAGAUGUCAGCAAGGGAUCUGUGGCUCUGUUAAUGUCUUCUACUCCUCAUGUCUUGAAGGCUGCAGCUGCUCCAGCUGAUGCCCUCUAGGACAAUCUUACAUGCUUGCCUAUGUGAUAGGUUAGACAGCAACAACAUCAUGGUUGUAUGCUCCAGCAGCAAGAGAGGUGGCUUAGUGAUGUAUUUUUUAAAUUAAAAACUUGAAGACAAUGUCUCUGUAAAAUAAAGAAUAUAUUUAUUAUUGAUGAAGUGGCUGCUAUAGUACCUGUCUCCAUUGCAGAUCGUUAGCAUUUUGAAAGAAAGCUGUGAAAAUCAUUAGCCAUUAAAUGCUUAAUGUUAUUUACCAUUUAACACUAGGCAAGCUCAGCAGAGAAAGCCUUUGUAUUUUCACAAUUUCUGAAGGAUUAACUGGAGACCUGUUACCUUACAUGUACUGAGUUACAAGUAAGCUUCUUUGGCUGACUUGUUCUAGUUGGCAGUGAUUUCUCUCCAGUCUCAGUAACAGAGACGCUACAGCAGUGUACAGUACCCUGCUCUAGUAGAGUGCUUCCCUGAAGUCAAAAUUGGAAUCAAAUGCUUCUUUAUUUGUUCUUUAUUUAAACAUUUGCUUGUUCUCUAUCAGGUUAAAUAGCUUAAAACCUCUGUUCUUUGGCAUCACUUUCGUAAACGAGAAAGGGAGAAUCUCUCCCUAUUCUACAUAAACAGGAAAAUGUCUUCUCUGAAAUGCUUAACUGGUAAUCAAGUAGCACUGCAUCGGAAGAUGGUAAUAAAGCUGAUAUUGCACUGAGAAUGUAUCUUUUACUUUUCUAGGAGCUAUAUAUACAAGUGUAUGUAUAUAUGUGUGCAUAUAUAUGUUUGUGUAUAUAUUUCAAGAUAAUUUUCACAGGAACAUGCAGUUCUGAUUUUAUCCUUGUGCCUUACAGGAAGGAUUCGUCUUCUAAAUAAGGUUUAAAGCACUUAGCAGGGAAAGAUGCCCUUGGCUUGGGAGUUAAACGUCUUUCAUAAGGCUUGUUCCUCUUUACCAGAGGCAGCAAGGUUGCUUUAACAGGGCUUCGGCCCGCCAUAGCCGAGGAAUUUGCUUCCCUUCUGAGAGAAGCUGGGCAGUUCACUUGACACCAGAUGGGAUGCAGCUGUGAUGGUGCCAGAAAAGAAUUGCUCCAAGAGGUUGGGGUGCUCUUCUGUCCACUCUAACUGGUGAACCCCUGCUUCUAGUUUUCAAUGAAGAACAUCUUCAGUGGCAACUUGAAUAAGUGCAGCAUUUGUUGUCUCCUUCAACUAACAGUAAAGAAGGGCUAUGUUACAGUCUUCUGUACCUCCUCGUCAAGCUGGUAUCUUACAGACGUCUGUUUAAUUUCUGUACUUUAUCUGAAGUUGUUUCAUUAAGAUUUGAUAGUGUAAUUACUGUGGUUUUGGGCAUAAUCCCCAACCCCUUCCCCCCCCCCCCCCCCCCCCCUCCAAGGAUCCUGGAAAAUACAUCUUUGGAUGAACCACCCAGGAAUUUGCAUUUCAGAACACGUUUACAUCUUUCCCAUUCAGAGAUGUAUCCUGGCUGUUGCCAAUGCCUGAUACUUUCUUUUUUUCAUUUAACUAUAAACCCUUGAAAGAGGAUACAGUGACUUCCUUCCCUGCUGCCAUGCUCUAGAAAAUCUCAGGCAUGUGAGCAAGGCUUAUCAGUAUUCUGAAGAUGACAAAGUUACUUCAUAAUUUCAGUGAUAAUUUCAGUGCACUGGCUGUGUUAAAUGUAAACUAACCUACCUAGGUCAAGCAUCUUUGUCACAUUGCUAAUGGACAGUUGCCGAUAACUUCUGAGCCUGCAGUCCUACCUUCUGCAGAGCGCCAUUCGCAUUGUGUGUCUGAGCAGAUAUGCAAGGUGCCCUACAUUUUUCAUGCUGCUAGCAUACGAGAGGGAAUCAAAAGACUUCAGAACCCGCUUUUAUUUCUGAAGGGCGUAAGAUCAUAGCUGGGUUCCUGUCACUCCUCUUUUUGUCUGUUCUGACUCUACUGCUCUUGAAAUUCUGCUUUUCUAAAGGUAGAAUCUAAUUGGUAUUUUUCAAGCUUUUUCUACUCUUCUGUUUGCCCUAUAUCAUUGCCAGUGAUAAGUGUCAUUACUUAAGCUAAUACACAGCUCCUAUCGGCUAACUGAAAAGUAGAGCUUAUGAAAAAUAAAACUGUCUACCACGUAAAGCCUUCAGCUGUCAAAUGAAACGUCUGGUGCAUCUGUUCCAGUUUGAGUUUGUCUGUGCCUCUGAAAUGUUAGCAGUCCUUGAUGUGUGCGAAGCACAAUGCAUCUGCUUUUCCCUUGCUGUGCUGUUCUCUAUCUUUCAUCUUGACCCCAAAGCGUUGCUCCUGUGUAUGCCCCUCUAAUGCAAAGAAGGGCAGAACAAAAGCAACAGGGGCCCUUUCUUCAAGCAGUUGGGUGUUAGGGUGAAGUAGGGAAUUACGUUCCAUAUAACAUCAGUGAGAAGUACAAUUGGAAUGGGUGCUUCUUUCCCAGCACUUUGCUAUGAAGGCACUUGUGAAUGGCAUAUAUCCUCUAUAAAUAAAAUCUUAAUCUCAUAAAAUCAUUUUGGGCUGAGCAUUUUGAUAGGCAGACCAGAUAAAUGUGUGGCCACAGGCUCUUUUAAUAAGAAUAAAAAACCACUCAUACAAACAUUUAUUCUUUCCAGAUGGGUAAUGUCUGGCAGGAAUCCAACAAUGCAAGAAGUGUCAAACAGUUUCUAAAAAAGUAAAGUAAAACCUUCUGUGAAAGAAUAUUAUACAACAGAAUUCUUAGGAUUUGCUUAUUCUCUACAGUAAGAGUGAUGUUUUAUUUUCCAGUCCUUGACUCCUAACUCCUUCAGAGGCUUUCAGCAGUGCUAUUUCUGAACACAAGGGGUUAAAAGUUCUCAAGGAUGUUCAUUUUCCAUGUUUAAAAGAGAACCUGCAAAAGAAAAAAGUACAGAUGGGAAAGAAGGAUCAUACAGUGCGACUGCUGUGUCCUGCUAUUUUGGGGAACUUUUAAGGACAAGCCUUGAGCGUGUGGGUACUGCACAGAGCUGCGUGCAUACAAUGUAAACAAACCUCCAGGGACAGCUGGCAUGAGCUUUCAUGUGCUAACUGGACCCAAAUCACACAGUUUUGUUCUGAAAUGCUGAUUCUUUAUAGAAAAUAAGUGAUACCCUGCUUGCCAGGGUGGAGCUUGCUUUCCUGUGGAGUACUUUUUCCACAGGAAAGGAUUUCCCUAUUAGGUUUUAAUUUUAUAGAGAGGAGAAAACAAUGUCCAGCUAACUAGGCCAAAGUUCAGAUUUUAUCCCUGGAUUCACUAAGUGUGAGGCGUGUCCUUGUCCCAUGUUCUGCCAAAAAAGUUGGAAAAAACAAACAAACACAACUUACAGACGUUUGGUGAUUUUCUUCUCUUCACUGUCCUUUCUGGUGCUUGGGCUGCUGCCACAGGAUUUUUUUUCCAAUUUUUGAGUUUGGUCCUUUGUCUGUGAGAUGAUCCCACUGGCAAGAGAAGUGGAUUUUUUUUGUGUGUGUGGUUUUGUGCAUAGCAUGGUAUAGCAUUGCUGUCCCCAAUUAGUCCUUCAGUAGGCAGCCUGGGACAUGGGUGAAGGGGUGUUCCCAGGACAGGCACGGCAGCCUGGCCCACUCCUUUUACUGAAUUACUCAUAUUUUCCUUGAAUAACUACUGCAUUGUAAUUUUGCUUAGGCUAUGCUGUGAUGAGAACACUAAAAAAAGUAAUGAGCUGACUUUUCAGUGAAGGAAAAAUGGCAAACCGUAACACAAGUGAAAGGGAAGUGUAGUUACACACUGGGUUUGUUUAAGAGUCCAAAGACAAAAACAGGAUGCAGACACAAAUAGUGACGUUCUGCUUGGGUGGAUCCAUGGUACCUUCAGCGCAGCCACGGAGGCUCAGGCCACGCAGCUGGGAACAGAAGGGAGAUUCCCAGCUUUCCCUGCAAGGCAGGUGAGUGUUCCUCUUUCCAUCCUAUAGAGCAGAAAAGAAAGGCUUUGCCUGAGCUGUAGAUUUUGUCAGGCUGCUGUCGUGCUGUUAUACUUUACAAGGUUGUAACCACAUAUUCUUCAGCUUCACCAGCUUCUCCUGCUUGGAAUCAGGCUAAAAUUUUACCAAUUGCAUAUUACACUGUGUUUUCGCAGCAUGCUAACUUACUACCCUGAGCUGACCUCUUCUAUCUGAAGAACUGAGCGGAUCAAAGCUUGUUACUGCAGUAGCUGAAGGCCGAAAGUAGCUAAGCAGCACUGGUUUCUGGCCAUCAAAAAUACAUACAUUUUAGAAUACAUGUUCAGAUUUAUCCUCUUCCCCUGCAGUUUUAUGUGAAUGCUUAAAGGGAAUGUGGUUUUUGGCUUAACCUGUAACACUGUAUGAAGAGAAAACCACAUAGCACUACUUGAACCGAAAAGUAGCCUUGAUGCCUUUUCUAGGUACAAAGCACCGUGACAUUCACUCAAAAAUGUAAAACAUUCAUACCGUUAAUUUUUAACUUGGUGUGUAGUAAGCUGUAUAACACAGCUGGGAAAUCAAAGGCAAGAAGCUGUUCCAAUGGUUACACUGCAAAGGUAGUCAGCUGGGACGGGGAAGUUGGUGCCUCACUGUUAUGUGAGAACUGCUGCUGUGCAGACAGUUUGUAAACUGACUUUUUGGAUUUAACUUUAACUUCUUAGCUUAACUUGACUCUUACAGACGAGGCAAAGGGCAGGCUUAGCAAAUCUAAGAGGUUGUUGCUGAGAUAUCUCAACUGAAAUCUUAUGUGCUCAGACAUUUUGUCUGGAUUAAAAAGUAAUUUCUUGCCCCAAAGAGCUUAUAAUACAGCCAGACGAUGAGGGGCACAGGUGGGUGGGGAGAACAGCCUCGUAGGUGAAGCAAUUUGUAGCACCAAGAGAAAGACCCUUCCUACAUCCCAUCCUUUGGACCACACUGAUUCUCCCAGGCUGUUCCCUUUUAGAAAGACAAAGAUCCUUCUCUGAAAGAACUUGUUUUGCAUCAUUUAAGUGUCUUACACAACUCCCUGUUGGUACUCUUUAAAAAAUAAAAUCUUCUCAAUGAUAAUGAAAGGACUUAACAGUCUGCUUCCUACAUUAAUGCAACACUCACUCUGGGGACAAAGGAACAGUAGAUAAGCUAGCAUACCCCCGUCUGUACCCAACAGGUGACAAUAGAUAAGCUAGCAUACCCCCAUCUGUACCCAACAGGCACGUUGGAGGAGGAAGGAAAUUUUGACUAAAGUGAGAUGGAAAUCCCCAUGAUCUUCUGGUAUGUGGCUUUAGACAAGAAUAACACGUGUGCAACUGCCGUAACUAUGUAGGUUAAUUUGUGUGCAUGAGAAUCCAGCUUGUGUGUGGAGUUGCAGUAACCGUAUGUGGGCUUUCAGUGGGACAACCACCAGAGCAGGCGGCUAAAUGCAAAGACUAAGAGGGAGUUUGGUUUUAAAAAUACGUUGCAUAGAUACUUCACUGUUCCCCCAUAUUUCUUUGCUCAUUUGUAGGCUUUUAGGAGCACAGAUGUAUCUUACGUGUUUGCACAGUGCCCAGCCCAAAUUAGAUGCUCAAACCUGCAAUACUUUGAUUUGAUAAGCUCCCCAGACAAUGUUGUUAGUUCUUUGCAUGCUGUACCUUUUAUAGCACUGUAGCUCCUCUUGCACCACUAGAAGCUGAGCUUUCAGCUGGUUACGCUCCUGCAGCACUUCUCGCAGCUCUUGUAACGUGAACCGAGGGCGAUUUGGAUCCGUGAGGUCUAUUACCAUUUUGUCUGGUCCAAGGUUGAGCUGUAAAAUAAAGGGGUGAACGUGAUCUUGUAACCUUUCAAAAACUGGGCACUCCUAAAGUAAAGUCUCAGAAUUUUAUAAAUCAUAGUAACUCUUAGUAUCUGUUUUUCACAAUCCUGACUUUUUUCAAGCAGUUAUUGUUUUUCAUAUUUUCUGUCUUCCCAAACCAAGUAGGGGGCCUACCUGUGAGGCUCUGACCACAUCUAAAACCAGCCUGUUCCAAAGAGUUUGCGAUCUCAUUUGCCAGGAAGCUGAAAAUGAAAGCAACUUUUCUGGUGGUGAGAGAGGCUGAGAAACCUAUGAUCACACCAAAACGCUGUAGCAGAGAGAACAGAAUUCUGCUUUCUUAAGGCCUUUUUAUUAAUGUCUUUUUUUUUUUUUUUUUUAGUCACAUUCAUCAGCUUCCUUGUGCAGAGCACGAAAGCUUUAUUGUACGAUAAAUGGCAAAGUGUCUGCAUGGGACAGACUGGUGCUGAGAGCUGUACAACCGUGGAUUUGUACUCUGAAAACCUGUAGCUGCGUGUUUAAACUUCUGUGGGCUCUACACGUAAACCUGCAGCGAGGGAUCCUCAGCGGGGGAUCAUGGCCCCUCCGAGACCCCUUGGGCUGCGACAAGAGCCUGCUGACGGCGACAAAGACAAUGAAUGACUGGGCCCCCAUAGCAAAGGAGUAUGACCCCCUCAAAGCAGGGAGCAUCGAUGGCACGGAUGAAGAGCCCCAUGACCGUGCCAUAUGGAGGGCUAUGCUGGCACGUUACGUACCCAACAAAGGAGUUACGGGAGAUCCUCACCUCACCCUGUUUGUAGCAAGGCUCAAUCUUCAGACAACAGAGGAGAAAUUAAAGGAGGUCUUUUCCCGGUACGGAGACAUCAGAAAGAUCCGUCUGGUUCGAGACUUGGUCACAGGAUUUUCCAAGGGUUAUGCGUUUAUUGAGUACAAAGAAGAACGUGCUCUGUUGAAGGCCCACAGAGAUGCCAACAGGCUGGUUAUCGAUCAACACGAGAUCUUUGUGGACUUUGAACUGGAAAGAACUCUUAAGGGAUGGAUUCCUCGGAGGCUUGGAGGUGGGUUUGGAGGCAAAAAAGAAUCCGGGCAGCUACGAUUCGGAGGACGGGACAGACCUUUCCGAAAGCCCAUCAAUUUGCCAAACGUGAAAAAUGACUUCUAUGGAGAAGGCUCAGCAGAGAAAAGAAACUGGUCUCGAGAGGGAACAAGGGACUGGAGAACAAGGGACCGAGACCAUGAAAGGAGCAGAGAAAAGAGAUGGCCAGAAAGGGAGCGGUCAUGGGCUUGGGGUGAAAGUGAGAGAGAGAGGGACUCCAAAGAGGAGAGGAGCAGGGGAAGAGACAGGAAGGACAGAGACAGGAAAGACAGAGAGAGAGACCGGAGCAGAGAGAGAGAUACCAAGAAGCAAAGAGAUGAUGAUAAGCAUCGAUAGCUGACAGCACCUCGUCUUAUGGGAACGAUGGGAAGUUUGGGUAUGGUGACUACUUUUAUCCUCCCCUUCAAUAGUGUGAGCCAAGUCCUACUGCCCUUAGUGCUGCCCGGGACCUGCCUCUGCUGUCCUGGUAAAUGAACUGGCGUGGAGGAGGUGAUGCAGCAGGUUCCUGUCUCCGCAGUCUCUUGAUAAAGCUGCUGCACCUUCUGGAGGACAUGGACAUGAUUCAGUUGCAGAUGUCACCAUCAGCUUGGGGCUGUGCGCUGCGUUCCCUGAACCAGCAGUGGUCAUGUUACUGUCUUGUGCCUAUGACUUCCACCUGCUAGCAGCUCUCUGUAGUUUGGUUCCUAGUGCAGUUACGAUACCUUUUGUUGAAUUGUUCUUCAGAGAAAUUAAACUUUUCUAUUAAUAUUU